AUGGUCGCUCGGGUCCAGCGUCGAUGGAGGGAGGAGGCUCGAGCGGAGGAUGGCCCGCAGCCCCUCCAAACCCGGGUCAUCAACUUUGCAACCACCAAUAACCCUAUCUUGGAACAUCUCUCUCGGAACCCAUUGCAGCGUCUACCUUCUCACGACGUUCAGAUCUCCUCUAGCACCAGUCGGCGGAUUACACUCGCUCGUGCGGACAGAAUCUUGCGCACAAGAGUGCGCGAGCGUUUGUUCCAUGCAUGCUCCGAGGAAGUGUAG